AUGGACAGCGCUUCAACUACACGUAGUUGCCGGCGUUGUAGCCAGAAAAAGAUACGAUGUGACAAAUCCCAGCCUUGCGCGAGUUGCAUCAAGUCGGCCUCGGAGUGCAUCUUCCCAGGUCCCGGCCGAGCCCAACGACGAAAGAAACGGCCACUGAAGGCUCAACUUGUGUCGCGGCUGAAGAGCCUGGAGAAGGAGGUGCAGGUUUUGACUCACAAGCUGGAGGCUGUGAAUCAGAGGUCGAAACAGCAUCCCCUGACGACAGACAAUAGAGGCGCCGUAGAAGGCGAGCAUGGGAAAUUGUUAGUGGACAGAGAAUCCAUCCACUAUAUCAACCACCAGGUUCUUGUUAAUCUAGCAACCCAGACGAACGAAGAUAGCGAACACUUUAAGCAUCGUCUCGAGAAGGGGGAGGAUGAAUCUGCGGUGCAAGAAGUGGCAUCAAUCGGCAGGGAGUGUGAAUUGGCGACCGGGAAUCAAUUUGUGUUUCAGUAUUCGUCGAUGGCAGUUUCCCUGUCCGACUUCUACCCCAGCAGCGCCCAUCACCGUAUCUUAUGGAACUUAUUCGAGGAGAAUGUAGCCCCGCUGGCUAUGAUCUUUCAUAAACCGUGGCUUACUAGCAUCUUGAACAGUGCAGGUGCAACGGCUAUCGUGGAUGACAAGGCUUUCGAGGCUGUGAGGUUUGCCGUCUACUUUGCUGCCACUACCAGCAUGAGCCCAGAGCAGUGUACUGAAACAUCCAGCCAGGGCAGUCAUCCCUGCAGCGAUACUACCGAUGAUGCCGCCUUCGUCCGGGCUACGACAGCGGCUAUACAUCGCAUCGCACAGGGACUCGGGUUACAUCGCGAUGGUACCUACCCCGGACUGAGCCCUUUCGAAACCGAGCUUCAUUCAGAUCUGCGUUGUAGCAGCAGCAAUUACGAUGAAGGCGGCUCACUGAACGCGGUGAAAAGGCUCCAUGGGUUGAAAGAGAUACACAAUCGAUUGCAGAGGCAGUACCUGGGGCUCUGUGACGUCUCAAUUCCAUUGCAGUGGGUGACAGCCACCGUCAUCCGCCUGGCUCUUGCUCGAUCAUGGUUGAUUGCCCACCUCCCUGAAGGCAUGUCCGCGGCAGAGCAGGUGUCGUUGAUGGCACGCUCAGACGUGGAAGACCUCAAGCGGGGAAAGCUCUUCGUGACAGCCAUUGAAAUAUUGGAAUUUGCGUAUUUGCUCGAGACCGACCCUCGCACCAAGAAGUGGUCAUGGCUCUUCCAGGGAUACCCGCAAUGGCAUGCUGCCAUCUUUCUCCUUGAGCAGAUUGGCAUUGGACCACAGACAAUGCUGACUGACCGGGCCUGGGCUGUAGUAGUCAAAGUCGUCACACGUUGGAGAAACACCGACUAUCAAAAGGACGGGGUGAUCUCAAUCUUAGUCUCCCGGCUUAUGGCGCAAGCUGCAGUCGCACAGGGAUGCAUCUGGGACGGGAGAGAGAGAGAAGACGGGCCAGGAUCACCGCCUGAAAACCUAUCCUAUAGCAAGAAUCAAUAA